CACACACCAACAGACUUCGGUUCCCUAUGCCCCUGGAUGGUGACGGCGGAUUGGCAUCUCGGAAGCGAUGCGAGAGCGAUAAGGCUGGCGCCGGCCCGCGGAAACUGCAGGAACAUCGCUAGGUGUUGCCGCCACCGGGAAGCCGGGCUGCAGGAUGAGUAAGAGAUACUUACAGAAAGCAACAAAAGGAAAACUGCUAAUAAUAAUAUUCAUUGUAACCUUGUGGGGGAAAGUUGUAUCCAGUGCAAACCAUCAUAAAGCUCACCAUGUUAAAACGGGAACUUGCGAGGUGGUGGCACUCCACAGAUGCUGUAAUAAGAACAAGAUAGAAGAACGAUCACAGACAGUCAAGUGCUCCUGCUUCCCGGGGCAGGUGGCAGGCACCACACGAGCGGCUCCUUCUUGUGUGGAUGCAUCUAUAGUGGAACAGAAAUGGUGGUGUCAUAUGCAGCCAUGUUUGGAGGGAGAGGAGUGUAAAGUUCUUCCAGAUCGGAAAGGAUGGAGCUGUUCUUCUGGGAAUAAAGUGAAAACAACUAGGGUAACCCAUUAACCAAGGAUAAAUCAAGUGAUCCUCCAGGCUGAUUACAUUGAACAUAUGCAUAGAAAUUUAACUCUUGAGGUGAUCUUGAAGAUUUUUAUACUGCUCAGAAGGGCUCCAGAGU